GCUGAGGUGGAGGCAUCGCUCCCUUCCAGCCGAGAGCGAGCGAGCGAGGGAGGGAGCGAGCAGGCUCCGCCGCCGCCGCCGCUGCUGCCGCCGCUGCCGCAGCUCCAUCCUCGCUCGGGAGCGCGGAUGGUGAGAGGGGCGGCUCGCCAGCCCCGCACCGGCCCGGCCUCCAGCCCUCUGUCACUGCCUUCUCUCUCUCCCUGCCCCCGCUCCAGAACCACAGGCCUGGCAGAGAAGCCCCAUCGCAGGCGCAAAAGCAGGACUGAGUUUGCCCUGAAAGAAGCCAUGUCGACAGGCGGCAUGGAGGAUGACAUCCCUCAGGGAGAGAGGAAAACUGUCACGGACUUCUGUUAUCUGCUGGAUAAAUCCAAACAGCUCUUCAAUGGCUUAAGAGACUUGCCUCAGUAUGGGCAGAAGCAGUGGCAAUCGUAUUUUGGGCGGACCUUUGAUGUUUACACCAAGCUCUGGAAGUUCCAGCAGCAGCACCGGCAAGUUCUGGACAAUCGGUACGGAUUAAAGCGCUGGCAAAUUGGCGAAAUUGCUUCCAAGAUUGGGCAGCUUUACUACCACUACUACCUUCGCACGUCUGAAACCAGCUACCUGAAUGAAGCCUUUUCCUUCUACUCUGCUAUCCGCCAGAGGUCUUACUACUCCCAAGUCAACAAAGAAGACAGGCCUGAACUGGUAGUUAAGAAGCUGCGUUAUUAUGCACGAUUCAUUGUGGUAUGCCUUUUACUGAACAAAAUGGAUGUCGUCAAGGAUCUUGUAAAGGAAUUGUCAGAUGAGAUUGAAGACUACACCCACCGCUUCAACACAGAAGACCAAGUGGAGUGGAAUCUGGUUCUCCAAGAGGUGGCUGCAUUUGUCGAGGCAGACCCUGUGAUGGUGUUGAAUGAUGACAACACCCUUGUGAUCCUCUCCAACCGCCUCUCUGAAACGGGAGCCCCUCUGCUGGAGCAGGGGAUGAUCGUAGGGCAGCUGACUCUCGCAGAUGCGCUUAUUAUUGGCAACUGCAACAAUCAGGUGAAGUUCAGCGAGCUGACAAUCGACAUGUUCCGGAUGCUGCAAGCUCUGGAGAGGGAACCUAUGAACUUGGCAUCACAAAUGAGCAAGCCAGGGCUGCAGGAGACAACCGAAAAGCCAGCAAGAAGGGAAAACCCUCACAAGUACUUGCUGUAUAAGCCAACCUUCAGUCAGCUGUACACCUUCUUGGCUGCGUCGUUUAAGGAGCUGCCUGCAAAUAGUGUCCUGCUCAUCUACCUGUCAGCCACUGGCGUGUUUCCUUCAGGUCGUUCGGAUAGUGAAGGUCCCUAUGAUUUUGGGGGUGUCCUGACAAACAGCAACCGGGACAUCAUAAAUGGGGAUGGCAUCCACAAGCGGAACCAGUCGUACAAAGAGAUGCACUGUCUACACCCUGGUGAUCUCUAUCCUUUCACGAGGAAGCCUCUGUUUAUCAUAGUGGACUCCUCUAACAGCGUUGCCUACAAGAAUUUCACAAACUUAUUUGGACAACCACUGGUGUGCCUACUUUCACCAACAGCAUAUCCAAAAGCGUUGCAAGAUCAGUCUCAGCGAGGCAGCCUCUUCACCUUCUUCCUGAACAAUCCUUUAAUGGCAUUCCUAUUUGUCUCUGGAUUAUCAAGCAUGCGCAAAGGAUUGUGGGACAAGUGUCAUGAUUACCUUCGCAAAAUCAACCGGGAUAUUGCACAAUUGCUGACUCAUUCCCGUUCCAUAGAUCAGGCCUUUCUCCAGUUUUUUGGAGAUGAAUUCCUUCGCUUACUUCUAACAAGAUUCAUCUUUUGCUCAGCUACCAUGAGGAUGCACAAAAUCUUCCGGCAGGAAACUAGAAAUUAUCCAGAAUCCUACCCCCAGUUGCCAAGGGACGAAACUGUGGAGAAUCCACACCUCCAAAAGCAUAUUUUGGAGUUGGCUUCCAUGCUGGAUGUUCGAAAUGUGUUCCUGGAAACCACGCUUGAUGAUUAUUAAAAUGGAAAUACACAUUCUGGCUUUCUUACUGCAAUGGGGUGUUUCCCAGCCACAGAUUUUUGAAAUGGUGCAGUUUUCUAAUGUGAAGAUCCACAAAAGGAAUUUACUUGAUUUUUAUUUUUAAACUUAAUGAUUAUUUUUUUAAACAAAUGAAAUGGCUGUGGGCACGGCUGUUCCAUUCUGUAUGGGGUCAAUUUUAUAAACUAAUCCCUCCUGCAUCUUUUUAAAAAAAUUAAAGACUUAAAGGAAUCCCUUGGGUUUAAAAUUUUGGUUUGUGGUGGUUGAGAACCAGCGACACAUCAUAAAUGAGCCUAAGUAUUUAGGGAAAAAAUGCUAUUGGUCACUUUUCGCCCUUGUAUGUGGAAAUUCUUUAUUUUUGUACGAUUUUUAAAAAUUUGGAAGCAAAAACAAAACACAAACCAAGAAGAAGACCUCUUCUGUCCCCAAAGAUUCUGGAAUUGAAAUGUGAAACAUGGGAUCACUCAUUGCAAAGCAGCAAUAGCAAUAAUAAAAAGUCUUUCAAAACAAGAUAUGUAUGGCCAACUCAAGAAGGAGCAUCACUUUUGAAGGGAUCGCAGAAAAUGUAGUGUUCCCUACUCCCAUAAAUCCCCUUAUCCAGAUGUUAAAGCUAUGUUGCAUGUUGAUUAAGAAUGCAGGACUUUUAUCCCAUCUCAGCCUGUGAAGGAAUUGCCUCCUGACAUAGGAAUCACAUCAAGAGACUGGCCCCCAUCUCUUUAUUGGACCACCCUCCGUGCCUCUUGCAGAGCCAUGACGAUCUUCCUGCCCUGGGAGGAAGGUCAGAACCAGUCAGUUUUUGGGUUCUGAAACCUCAGAAGGAGACAAUCUGCCUUCCUCCGCCACACAAUGAAGUAUCAUUCCUCAGCUUCUGCCCAGAGACUUGUAUCUAGGGAUGGAAAAUGCCAGCCUCUCUCUCUGCACAUGAACACAUGGCAAGGAACUGCUUCAAACUACCACUGCCACACUUGGACUGUGAAUAAACCCUUAACCUGUUUGUGGUGUUCCCCAGAUCCAAGAGAGCCACCUUUCUUACCCCCCACUCCUACCCAGUCUUUUGUGAUUUGAGAACACAAGUUGAUGCUGUGUAGUGGGGAAAAGAUCACUGCCUUGCCUCUGUGGCUGAGCUGCUCAAAAUAAAACCUUGUUUAUAGUUGUGGGAAAGGCACGUCCCUCCCCUCACUGCCUGUGUAAAACAUGAAUCUUCCCUGCCAUAGCUGUGUUUAGAUGAGAAGGUGUGGGGGAACAUACUGACUUUUUAUUUGAGCCCUUAAGUAUUUAUUCUGCAAGUGCAGCAAGUGCAGGGGACCUUUAGCCCACCAGGCGUUGCUGGAUACAACUCCCACCAGCCUUGGCAAGCAUUUGGCCUUUGGCCAAGGAUGAUGGGAGUUGUAGUCCAGCAGCAAUCUAGAGGGCCAAUCUACAGGAAUCUGAAGGCUGCUGCCAGAGGAUUUUUGCUGGGGUGUCAAGGGGAGGGGAGCAAUGCAAGGGAAGCUAAACUGCCUGAAGGCAGCCUGUCUGUUUUCAACAUAGGAAGAUACUAGUAUAUAAUUAUAAUGGAAUAGGAAUGCUGCAGCAGAAGGAAAGGGUUGCUGGGGAAGGGUGCUGCUCUCAAAUUGUCCUCAGCACCCAGCUUUUUAAGGCACGUUGUGGCUCAAGAGAUCUACCCCCACUCCUAUACAACCAUCUUGGAAAAGACCUCAGUGGGGGUUUUUUGCCCACCAAGGAAUAUGUUCAUCUUUGAGUACAGCAACAGGCUUUGAAAGACUUAAAAUGUAAAGAACACAUUCCGUUUCAUUUGAAAAUGGAUAGGAAGUCCUGGCAAAAUUACACAGCAUAGGUUUGUGUGUUAAGUGUCUUCCAGAUGGUCCUGGAAGGGCUGCUGAUAAAGACUCCUUUGGUGGUCAUCUUGCAAAUGGGGGCGUGUUGUGGGGAGUUGUUGGCCAGUACAUUCAGGAUUAACCCACCAAACACAGUGAGCACACAUUUCAGGCUUUAUUUUUUUAAGCUUAUUGAGCGUUUUCUGUAAUUCUGCAGUUGUGGGGUAUCUUUGAGAUGUCAAAUAGGAAAAACAAGAGUUUUGUUGUUGCAGCUUGGGUUUCAUGGAGGCCAAGGAGAGAACAAUGGAGUAAGUGUUUCUUUUUCUUCUUUUUCUUCCUGAAUCUGUUUUGUCCGCAUAAAAUAUUGCUUCCUUCGUAUCUCUUCCAGCAGGCUGCCAUGUACGCCGCUGCCCAAAGUAUGAUGCAAUAGCCAACAAGCUGGGCACAACAGCAGAACUGAGAUGCAUUCCAGACUCUGAGAAGGCAAUGCUUGGGAGGUGUAGCGAGAGGUGCCUUAGGUCGGGCAAAAAAAGUGCAAUGGGGCAUGGGCAAGUAGAUACAGAGUUUUUGCAGAGAUGUUGUUUUCUUCCCUGCUCCCCAGUGAGCUUGCUUCUAAAAUGCCUUCACUUUUGACAGGCAAUUGGAAAGAACAGUUUAAUUGCCAAGUUGUUUCCAUCAAGUUAGGUUUGGUAACUGGCACUGCUGCAUUUUUUCCCUGGGGUGCUCCCAUUUUCCUGAUUUUUUAAAAAGUAAAAUAACAACAGUGUAGGUAAAAGGUGUUUGUUAUAUGUAUUAUAUGCACAGUCUGCUAGCUUGUGGAGGGUGCUUCUUGUAAAUUGUGUGUGUGUGUGUGUGUGUGUGUGUGUGUGUGUGUGUGGGUAGCUUGAGAACCAUGUGAAUACGGAAUUUUUAAAAAAAAAAUCUAAGCAUAGGUGCUGAGCAGAAUUUGUUCUAUUGCAAGAGAGCAUAAUUAAGAGUGCCGUUGCUCAAGACAGUGGUUUCAUGGGUCCAUAAUUCAGAAGCCUAGUUUCAGCAAUGUGAAUUUCUUAUUGGAGGACUUCACUGUCCAAAAACAGAUUAGGGACUUGUGUAGGCCUUAAACUCGGGACAAGUAUUUCAUCUAAUUCUUACUGAACUGUGACCUUGUAUUGUUUGCAAACCAAAGGUUUGUGAUGAUGGACACACACUGACGUCCCUGAAACAUUCUGGUGCCAAUACGUCUCCCUCUACCGCCGAUGUACCUCUGAGUAGUCUUUAAAUGGCAAAUGGUUCUUAGGGGAAAUUUACUAAGAAUAUGGAACACUUGUGUUCAUUUUGGAAGCCAAGGUUUCUUCCUUUUCAAGGUCCAAAGGUUUCUCUGGUCACCUGUGGUGAUCAUACGUCAGUUUCCACAGUUGGCUCUGACUUACCUUACUCCAUGUUGCCUCAUUUUAGCUGAAAUAGCUUGUGUCCACAAGCUUGGAAAUGAGAUUUCUGUUUUAGAGUUUGCAUUUUGUAUUCUGUUCAAGUUUUGCUUUAACUGUAGAUUUAGGUUAAAACUGGAUCCCAGCCAUACACAGUCCAGCAUAACAGAUAUGCAAAGUUCAAAUAAUUAAAGGACUAUAUUUUUAAAAGCAAAUAAGGACAGAUAUUACAAUUUUGUUUUAAGAAUAUCCAGUCUACCACAUUGAUGUAAUCUUAUCUUGAUAUUUUCUGCUGCAGCUUCUUUUCUGUAACAAGCCUGAUGGUUUGCCUGCAAAGAUCUGCAGGCUUGAUAUAGAAUCAAACCAAAUUAAGAGUUGAGGAAAGUAUUUUCUGGCCCUGUUACGUAUAGGACAAUCAAAUGAAUAGUGAGGGACACCCUUCACUGUACCAACUACACAGAUACAGGAUAUUCCUAUCAUUGUGUCCACAAGGAUGUGGCAAGGAAUGUUUGCUGAAAUCGAAGGCAGGCAACCAUUCUCCUUUUCCAUACCACAUAUUGCUCAAGGAAAUGCUCAAGUGAUCAUGUGGUACUAUUUGGGCUGAUCUCCACAUCAAGCAAAGGGAACAACUCGGCUGGAUGAAGACAUUAUCCAUUUUUGAAAUUAUGCUACUAGCUUUAAAUUUAGAAAAAUAUGAUGGAGAGAUACUGAAAGACCUUACCAGAUGAAUUGGUCUUUGUAUCCAGAUCCCCCCCUUUCAUAUAUUCUACAAAAGUACUACAUUCUAUUUGAACGGCUUCUUUUUUAAAAAACAACUAACAACUUAGAUUUAAGUGGAUAAGUAAGUCUGGCAUUGUAGUUUAUGUUUCUAGCUGAAAUUGGGUAAAGAAAAGUUGGCUUCUCUAAUGCCUACAUAAGGCACAGGUUGUAAACAGGAACAUUUUGUCUCAGUUUUGCUUGUACAAUCGACUCUCAACUUAUGUAGAGAUUAUGUUGCGGGUAUAGCACACAAAGCCAAAAUCAUGUAUAGUAAAAAAACAACAACAACCCACACACACAACCCAUUCCUUCUGUACCUCCAAAUGCCAUCCCAAGGCCACCUGUACUCUCCCAAGGCCUCUGAAAACUCUCCCUGCCCCUCUGACCACUCUCUCAAGGUGAGUGCAAUGUCAGGUGGGAUUGCCAACAUAUUUUCCCCCAAACACCUGCCCCCUUUAUAAUUUAUUUUGGGGGUUUUUUGGCCAAGUGCUUAAAACUCUGUGUGCGUAAGUUGUGAGUCAACUGUUUAUUAUUUUGGUGCAGUCAACUUUAAAAUCCAGAAAGACAAAUUAAGGCAGUGAAAAUGCUUUGUCAGAGAUGGGGAAGGUGUGGGAAUCCAGUUGUUGUUUUUGGGCUCCAACUUCCAUCAGCCCCAGCCAACCUGGCCAGUGAUCAUCUGAAGGGCCAAAUGAUCACAGUCAAUAGUUUCAAGGAUUUAAAAGACUCUGGAGACUAUCUGCUGAUUUUCAAUAUGGGCCAAUACACUAGCUGUUUUUGAGCCAGCAUUGUUGGGUUGAAGUUUCCAGCAACACUUUGUCUAGGAGGAGUAUGUUCUCAGCACAUGGUACAGCUCUUUAUGGAUAUGAAGUAUAGAAUCAGUAUUACAUAAACCACCAAUAUUCCCCCCCCCAUGGUGUGUUUGUACAUACACGAAAUAUACCACAGAGCAAAAAAUGUAGGUAGUUCAUGUAAUACUAAACAAGCCCUGAUACCGGAGAGGCGAAACAGUACUGUUGGCCAAAGCAGAGAUGUAAGAAUGAAGAGUCUAGUAAUAAGUCUUCCUUAUCCUGCAGCCUAAGUCUUGGCACUUCUUGAUAUCUCUCUGCCUCUCCAUGAUGUCCUUGAUGACAUUGCUCUGCAUAUGCAGAUCCCACCCUGCAUAGGCGUAGCCAAGGGGGGCAGUGAGGGGCAGCUGCCCCCCAAUCAAUAACAAUAAAAAUACAUAGCUGCCCCCCAACAAAAGGUCUGCCCUCCAAAAAAAUUCCUGCUACGCCCAUGCAACCCUACUUUCAAAUAUGCAAACCUGACUAGCACCUGUUACAUAGAUUUUUUGCCUCCAGUGCGGUAGUAGCCUUUGGUCAAGUGAGCUUUUCCUUCAACAUAGAUUGAUAUUGUAAUACUUCACAGAUUUGAACCCAGGAAAAAGGGAAGCUCUCCCGCCUUCUUGCUUUAGCGGUUCUGGUGGAAACUGAGCAGUAGGUUUUAGAGUUUGUUGGGGCUUCAAGCACUUAACUGUAUUCUGAAUAUAUUACAGCACUGCUAUGUGCUGGCAUGGCAAUAAUAAAUUAGCUCUGGUUGAGACCCUUAAAGCCAUAACUUGCUUUUUGCAGUGUAUUUUAGUAAUGGUUUCCAAAUAGAAAAACUGCUCUUUUGUGAGUGUGGAGAGAAAUGAUAUUUUGAUCUGAAAUGGCUGCUUGGACACGUCUUGGAGACUAGAAAGGCAAAAGGAAAAGCUGAGAGUAGUCUUGAAUUUAGGUGGAUCUCCAAAAAUAGAAAUUGAUGUUCAUGUCCCCCUGUGAACUUGCUUUGAAUCCUGGUUGUUGUCUUAUGCUUAGUGGAAGGGGGGGGAUUAGGGAUUGGACAAGACUUCCUGCUGUGUUAGGGUUUGAUUCCCUUUUUCAUUUAAUGAACUUCACAUUUUU